CUACUACUUCCCACAAACAUCACAUCUCUCUCUCUCUCUCUCUCUCUCAUAAAAACAAUAAUGGGACCUUCCAACAAUAUUCUUUUCGCAGUCGCUCUUAUAAUUUCAAUUCUAAUAACAGCAGCAUCAGCAGGAAGUUUUUACGAUGAUAUGGACAUCACUUUUGGGGGUGAACGUGCUAAAAUUCUGAAUGGAGGUCAGGAUCUUUCACUUUCACUCGACCAAUACUCUGGAUCGGGUUUCCAGUCCAAACACGAGUACCUGUUUGGAAGGUUCGACAUGCAACUCAAACUAGUCCCAGGCAAUUCUGCUGGCACUGUCACCACAUUCUACUUGUCAUCACAAGGUGCGGGUCACGAUGAGAUAGACUUCGAGUUCUUAGGCAACUCCACUGGAAACCCUUACACAAUCCACACCAAUGUGUAUUCACAAGGGAAAGGAAACAAAGAACAGCAGUUCCACCUAUGGUUUGACCCUACUGCAGCCUUCCACACCUACACCAUCGUAUGGAACAGUCUAAGAAUUAUUUUCUUGAUAGAUAACAUACCAGUAAGGGUGUUCAAUAACAAUGAUGCUGCUGGAGUCCCAUUUCCCAAGAGCCAACCCAUGAGGGUGUAUGCCAGCCUGUGGAACGCGGAUGACUGGGCAACCCAAGGUGGGCGUGUGAAGACUGACUGGACUAAUGCGCCUUUCACCGCGUCAUACAGGAAAUUUAAUGCCAAUGCCAAAAAAGUUGGUCUCAAUUCAAUGUCAAAAAGCUCAGAAAAUGAUCAGAGUCAAGCAUGGAGUACCCAAGGACUUGAUGCAGCAGGCCGAAACAGGAUUCGAUGGGUGCAAACAAAACACAUGAUCUACAACUACUGUAAUGACCGCAAACGGUUUCCCAAUGGCCUUUCCGAGGAAUGCAAGCGCUCUAGAUUCCUCUAGGCCUACUUAAUAUUUUGCAAU